GGCCCUGCUGUCUCCUUCCCUCUACAUUCACCCCUUAAGCUGCCUGUGGCUAAUUCUUCCUGGUCUCUUUAAGAGCUGCCUGGGAACUGGGGCACUGGAGGGGGCUGGCAGGCCCUCUCCCCUACCAUGGCUGCCCUUGCUCCGCCCUGCCGGGUACAGACUCUACUGGAACUCUCGGACGCCUGGGUUAGAGUCUGUACCUCUGGGGAACCAUCUGGCGACAGUUCCUGUCCGACCAUGGCCCUACCGCCCCCGGGCCAGGACCCCUGGAGUCUCCUGGGGGCUUUUUUCUUCCACCUGCUCCUGCUGCUGUCACUGCGACCUGCUACGGGCACUGGUGGGCAGGGGCCCAUGCCCAGAGUCAAAUACCACGCAGGAGAUGGGCACAGGGCCCUCAGCUUCUUCCACCAAAAAGGCCUCCAAGACUUUGACGCCCUGCUCCUGAGUGCCGACGGCAACACUCUGUAUGUGGGGGCUCGAGAGGCCAUCCUGGCCCUGAAUAUCCAGAACCCAGGAAUCCCCAGGCUGAGGAACAUGAUACCCUGGCCAGCCAGUGAGAGAAAAAAGAGUGAAUGUGCCUUGAAGAAGAAGAGCAAUGAGACGCAGUGUUUCAACUUCAUCCGUGUCCUGGUCUCCUUCAACGCCACCCACCUCUACACCUGUGGGACCUUUGCCUUCAGCCCUGCCUGUGCCUUCAUUGAACUCCAAGAUUCCUCCCUGCUGCCCAUCUUAAAGGACAAGGUCAUGGAUGGGAAGGGCCAAAGCCCCUUUGACCCUGUUCACAAACACACAGCUGUCUUGGUCGAUGGGAUGCUCUACUCUGGCACCAUGAACAACUUCCUGGGCAGUGAGCCCAUCCUGAUGCGCACACUGGGAUCCCAGCCUGUUCUCAAGACUGAUAUCUUCCUACGCUGGCUGCACCCGGAUGCCUCCUUCGUGGCAGCCAUUCCAUCUACACAGGUCGUCUAUUUUUUCUUCGAGGAGACAGCCAGCGAGUUUGACUUCUUUGAGGAGCUGUACACAUCCAGGGUGGCUCGAGUCUGCAAGAACGACGUGGGCGGGGAAAAGCUGCUGCAGAAGAAGUGGACCACCUUCCUGAAGGCCCAAUUGCUCUGCGCUCAGCCAGGUCAGCUGCCAUUCAACAUCAUCCGCCACGCGGUCCUGCUGCCCUCAGUUUCCCGCAUCUAUGCAGUCUUUACCUCCCAGUGGCAGGUUGGUGAGACCAGGAGCUCAGCGGUCUGUGCCUUCUCCCUUGCGGACAUUGAGCGAGUCUUUAAAGGAAAGUUCAAGGAGCUGAACAAGGAAACUUCCCGAUGGACCACUUAUAGGGGCCCGGAGGCCAACCCGAGGCCAGGCAGUUGCUCCACGGGCCCGUCCUCUGACAAAGCCUUGACCUUCAUGAAGGACCAUUUUCUGAUGGACGAGCAUGUUGUAGGAAGGCCCUUGCUGGUGAAGUCUGGUGUGGAGUACACACAGCUCGCAGUGGAAACCGCUCAGGGUCUUGAUGGAAGCAGGCAUGUGGUCAUGUACCUGGGCACAUCCACAGGGUCCUUGCACAAGGCUGUGGUACCGGAGAACAGCAGUGCUUACCUUGUGGAGGAGAUCCAGCUGAGCCCUGAGCCCGAGCCUGUCCGAAACCUGCAGCUGGCCCCCUCCCAGGGUGCAGUGUUUGCAGGCUUCUCAGGAGGCGUCUGGAGAGUUCCCCGGGCCAAUUGCAGUGUCUACAAGAGUUGUGUGGAAUGUGUCCUUGCCAAGGACCCCCACUGUGCCUGGGACCCUGAGUCAAGAACCUGCAGCCUUCUCUCUGGCUCCAGCUCCACCCUGAAUUCCUGGAAGCAGGACAUGGAACGAGGCAACCCAGAAUGGGCCUGCGCCCGUGGUCCCAUGGCCAGGAGCCCCCGGCGUCAGAGCCCCCCUCAACUUAUUAAAGAAGUCCUGGCAGUCCCCAACUCCAUCCUGGAGCUGCCCUGCCCUCAGCUGUCAGCGUUGGCGUCCUACCACUGGAGUCACGGCAGGGCCACAGUCCCAGAAGCCUCCUCUACCGUCUAAGGCUCCCUCCUGCUGCUGCCUCAGGAUGGUGGUUGGGGCCUCUACCAGUGUGUGGCCACGGAGAAUGGCUACUCAUACCCUGUGGUCUCCUACUGGGUAGACAGCCAAGACCAGCCCCUGGCCCUGGAUCCCGAGCUAGCCGGCGUUCCCCGGGAACGAGUGCAAGUCCCACUGACCAGGGUCGGUGGUGGAGCUUCCCUGGCUGCCCAGCGGUCCUACUGGCCCCAUUUUCUCAUCGUCACUGUCCUCCUGGCCAUAGUGCUCUUAGGGACACUCACUCUCCUCCUUGCCUCCCCACUGGGAGCACUCCGGGCUCGGGGCAAGGUUCAGGGCUGUGGGACACUACCCCCCAGGGAAAAGGCCCCAUUGAGCCGGGAACAGCAUCUCCAGCCCUCCAAGGACUACAGGACCUCUGCCAGUGACGUAGAUGCUGACAACAACCAUCUAGGCACUGAAGUGGCUUAAACUGGGGCCACAGGUGGGAGGUGGGCAGAGCAAGGCCCCUGGCCACGCCGCCUGGGCCAGGUACAGUGCACUGUGACUAGGGUGGGAGGCUCUCCUGCUCCUGUGGAUCACCUACAGCACCCAGGAGAGCCUCACGGCACCCAGGAGGGCCUUCCCUAUGGGACUCUCUUCCGUAAGCACAUGGACAUGGACUGUCUCCAUACCUGCACCCUUGCCGGGACAGGAAGAGCCAGACAGGAUUCUUCAGUUUUGGUCAACCAAUCCCAAGAGCUCCAGGAGACCCUGAAAGGUGUGGCUGUCCAGGAAUCUGUGCUGACAGACCUGAGCAUCUGAGCAAGCUGGGGGCUGUUCCUGCAAACUCCAUCCUGGAAGAUGCCACUCUGGAUGCAGCUGCUGCUUUGAACACCAGCCCCCCAUUCUCCCAGGGGCUCCAAGAUUGUGCUCCCCUUACCAAUCAUGCCCUACUGUUUGGGAAGUCUUUUCUGAAGUUUGACCACCUUCCUUCUUGCUUCAGUUUGGACAGGUUGUUAUUGUCUCUGGCCUGGCUAGAAUGGCAGGCAUAAUCUGAGCCUUGUUCACGUGCUAGUGUGGCUGACCCCUUGAACUCUUCCUUCCACUCCGCGUGUUUUGACUCAGAAAACUGCUUGUCAUAGACGAUUUAUUUUUAUUAAAAAAAAAAAGAUAUAA